AUGGAGUUGCAGCAGCAAGUGUCUCAGACCUUGCUGACAGCCGCUAGCGACAAGGAAACACGGGAGCGGGGGCAAAGGGAAGCUGCGGAGUCCAAGCUCAAAAGCGCAGUUGCAGUACUUGAGUCCAAGCUUGAAGACACGCGCGUGAAGUUAGAGGCGGAGAGACUUGAAAGAACGCAAACUGAGUACGAGCUGAAAUGCACGCUCGCCAAACUAGAGAAGGAGGAACUUGUAAGAAAAGCAGCUGAGGCCGAGCUGAAAAUCACAUGCUCUGAAUUAGAGAGGGAGCGCGAGCAAAGAGAAGCUGCCGAGAAGCGAGUUCUUGAUUUGCAGCAGCAAAAGCACCUAGCUCAUCAUGGAGCUUGCUGGCAGUAUGAGAUGGACGGCCACUGGCAUCCUUUCUCGCCAGAGGGAAACCAGCAGAUGCUUCAGGCAUAUUCGGCAUACAUCGAGGAUGCACAAUCUAACACUGCAAACAUUGUCGCCGGCGGAGUUGAGCGCAUAGUGGACUUCGCGGAGAUGACCCAAAAGCACGCAAGCACUUGGAAAGUUCGGAAGAUUCGCAUUGUUGCAGGUGUACCUCAGCAAUGGGUGAGUACCCCAGCAGCUUUGUUGACGCAGCGUGGCAAGCUGGCUUCCUUCUACGUUGAGGUUACGGAUGCCAGGCUCAUCGACUGGGUCACUCGCCUUCUACGAACAACAGGUCACGCAUGGGAUGCGUCAACCGCUUGCUCCCAGAUGAAGAACGCCACUGUCAAGUCUGUGCAUCGAAUUGAGAAUUUUCAACUGUGGCAUAGAUACCGAGCCAGGCUAGAAACUAUGAGGGAAGACCAUGCAAAGUACAAUGUUUCCGUGUUGCCUGCAGAUCUCGAUCUUGAUGGCGUUGAGGGCACCAUGGGCCUAAGCCAGCCCCAUUUGGACUGCGGAGAACCAUUGGCUCGCGAUGUGGACGAAAAGAUUUUGCUGCAUGGGACAUCUUGGCAAAAUGCCGACUCCAUCGUCAUGCAUGGCUUUGAUCAUCGCACCUGUAUGCGCGGGAUGUACGGGGAUGGUGUUUACUUUGCCGGUGCAGCGUGCAAGAGUCAUCAGUAUUCUUGCGGUGCUCACUCUGGCAAGGCUUGCAACACUUGCAAAUGUGAGCGGACCCUAAUCAUCGCCCGCGUUGCACUGGGUGACGCCUACCACGCAUCCUGCACUCAGUAUGGUGCCAGAAGACCUCCCAACAGAAGUGGCGCGCCAGGCACACAUGGUUCUGUGGUCGUCAACCCUGGGCCUAUAAGUUGGCACCACAGCCCAACUCAAGUGCAUCAGGAGUUUGUGGUAUUCGACCGCGAGCAAGCGUAUCCAGCAUUUGUGGUCCAGUACCUUCCGCCGUGA